UCAGUCUGUCUGGAGGGAAUUAUUUUUUAUCAAUCACUAUGUUUAACAAUGUUCGAUGCAUCUCUUUAUUUGAUGAGAAGAGUCUUAACUCAACUUUGAGUGAUACAGCUUCUAUGUGGAAUGAUUUUCCAUCGGUCCCUUCUGACCUACCACCCUUACCAGCCGACUCGGUUCCAUCUGUCCCCUCAUUACCUUCCAUAGCAAGUGAUGUUGAGGUGGAGCAGCCGACUCCUUCUAAUUAUAAUUACGAGACUCAUGGUAUUGAUGAGGAUCAUCCGGGUAUUAACCCGGAUAGUGAACGUAUAGUAGAGCUUCAAUCUAAUAUACACGAUAAAUUGGGAGAGUUGAUGACUAACAAGAGUGACUAAGACGUUCUGAGUGCGGCCGAAGCUUUACAUGGCGAAAGCAAUAAUAUCCCUUUUUCUGGAGCACCUGUUAGAUGAUUUGAACAAAAACGGAAUAGAAGGUGAAGCCUAUAAGGAUGCCCUGGAUCUAUCGGGUAUAUUACCCAAUAAAGCAGCUUUUUGUGAUGCAGCGGAGCCAUGGCAAUUAGGAUUUCAAGACGCAAUAAGUCCUAUGAUGCAAGGAAUAAUCGAUUUACAUCACGAUAUCUUUUUCUUCCUCAUUCUGAUUUUGGUUUUCGUAUCACGGAUCUUGGUUCGCGCUUUAUGGCAUUUCCACUAUCAAAAAAACCCAAUCCCGCAAAGGAUUGUUCAUGGAACUACUAUCGAGAUUCUUCGGACCAUAUUUCCUAGUAUCAUCCCGAUGUUCAUUGCUAUCCCAUCAUUUGCUCUGUUAUACUCAAUGGACGAGGUAGUAGUAGAUCCAGCCAUUACUAUCAAAGCUAUUGGACAUCAAUGGUAUCGGACUUAUGAGUAUUCAGACUAUAACAGUUCUGAUGAACAGUCACUCACUUUUGAUAGUUAUACGAUUCCAGAAGAUGAUCUAGAAUUGGGUCAAUCACGUUUAUUAGAAGUGGACAAUAGAGUGGUUGUACCAGCCAAAACUCAUCUACGUAUUAUUGUAACACCUGCUGAUGUACCUCAUAGUUGGGCUGUACCUUCCUUAGGUGUCAAAUGUGAUGCUGUACCUGGUCGUUUAAAUCAGAUCUCUAUUUCAGUGCAACGAGAAGGGGUUUACUAUGGUCAGUGCAGUGAGAUUUGUGGAACUAAUCAUGCCUUUACGCCUAUCGUCGUAGAAGCUGUUCCUAGUAAAGAUUAUGGUUCUCGGGUAUCCAAUCAAUUAAUCCCACAAACAACAGGGGAAGCUUAAGCAAAAAUUAAAGAGUAGGGUGAGGGAUAAGGGGGGAAGCCACUAAAUGGAAGGCUUUGCUCGCUCUAAGGCUCGUUUAGUAGACAGCGAGUGGAGUGCAUAAGCCCCUUUAGAGUUUGAGAUAGGGGCGAGUACUACACGAGCUCGUAAGUCAUGUACGGAACGAGCGGAGGAGAGCGACCUCAUCUUGCUUGCUUCUGGCGAAGCUUCUAGAAGGCCACCACUUCAUAGGAGCGAUAGCAAAGCCGUAGAAAGUCAAACAGCUCGUAUAGCUCGCAAUAGCGAGCCUACUUUUAGCUUUUU